GGGAAAUGGGGGGGAAGACAGAAACCCAGAGAACAUGGGAAAAUACAGGGGAAUCUUUUUAUUUGUGUGUAUUUAUUCGUGUGUCCUGGGGCCCCUCCACCAGAGGUCACUCCUGCCCAGGGCCACUCCUGCGCGUGGCCGAGGAGGCCCACGCGGCGGCCAGGCAGGAGUGCCUGGCGCUGUGGCAGAAGGCACAGGUGGCGCCCUCGGUCAUCGGCUUCAAUGUCAGCGGGGCACUGGCCGACGCGCUGAGGGUGACGCUCGGCGGCCACGCCGUGUCGGCGGCGGACGUGAAGGUCUGGGAGGGCGGCGGCGCCGGCGGCGAGCGGCUGGUCUCCCUGGAGGUGCUCCUGCCGGGCGCCCCCGCGUCGUGGGACGCGGCGGCGGCGGGUGAGGCCUGUGCGGCCGCCGUCCGGGAGCAGUUGCAGGCGCGGAGGGUGUCGGAGGUGAAGUCGAAGAUGGCGGAGCGGGAGCAGGAGCUGCGGCGCCGCAAGGGCGGCGGUGCGACCACCGCCGGCGGCGAGGGCGGCGACGCCAACGAGGAGGAGUGGCGCGCCUUCCGAGACCGCCUGCGGAGCCGCCGCGCGGAGCCCUCCGCGCAGCUGCUGGGCUGCGAGGACGUGGGCUUCGCCCCGGGCAGGGGGCGCCGCGUGCUGGCGUGCAGGCUGGCCCUGGACGUGGCAUCUGCCUGGGACCUGGGCUGCCUCGCCUACCCGCAGUUCUUCGUGGAGAAGUCGCGGGCGGAGCAGGAGGCCGACGAGCGCUGGUUCGAGUGGUGCCUCAGAGGGACGGCGUGCUUCAUCGUGACGCUCGUGGCACUCUGGUUCGCCGCCCUCUCGAAGGGGCUGAUGGCGCACCACAGACGGGCGGUCUCCCCUCAGCCCGCCUGAGCGGCCCGCCGCCGCCGCGCACGGCCCACCAUUCGUUUUUUCGCCCCGCCCGGGCCCCACAACAAAACGACCUCCUCCUCACAGGCUGCUCGACCCCGCGCUCCCAGGCCCUGCCGCGAAAAAACGCGGGGCUGUCAGCGAGCUUCGAUGGCGUGCGAGCCGGUGCCUGCGCGCGGCACUGGCCGCUGCGACUCUGCGCACCCCCAAGGGGCGCGGCUCGCACGCGGUUAUACCCCCCCCCCUCGGCCCGUGUCGGCACGCCCUGCCCGCGGGUCGUGCCCGCCCCACGGGGAGAGCCCGCGUGGCGUUCCCCGCCCACCAAUUUCGGGACAUCGCUCACACGUUCUGCAUCUCGUAGGGAGUGCAGUCUGCGUCUGCGCGCUUGCCCCGCAGCCCUCGCUCCACACGGUCCUGCGGCGCGCCAUGUGGGAGGAGAGUAUCGCGCCAUGCGCUGCACGCAUCUACGUAGGGUUGGCUCCAUGGCCACGCCUCUUCUGACUACAGGUCAGCUGAUCCCAGAUCAGCCUGCCGAUUGGCGCAGGGGCGUGUGCCAUGACCCGGGUCCACGUCG